AUGCAGGACGGGGAGGAUGAGAAGGGAAAUGGGGUAAAGGGUGAAGAGAUGGGGCAAGGAGUGGAGCAGAAGGUUUUAGAGGGCCAGGCAGACCAAAUACCAAAGAUGGAGAAGCAGGUGGUUCUGGGGAAAAACAAACCUGAGAAGAAAGUAAAGAAGAGAAAAUGGUGGCAUAGACGCCAGAAAGUAGAGAUGCAGGUGGCCCCACGGGACCUGGUGGAAGAACCAGAGCAGGUCAUCCUAAAGGACCAGAGGAGGAAACCAGUAAAGAAGGUGGUUCUGGUUUUUGAGAUUGAGAUGAAGAAGAUAGAGAGGCAGGUGGACCCAGUGGAAAAACCAGACCAGGUCAUGAAGAAGGUAGAGAGGCAGGUGGCCCCACUGAACCUGGUGGAAGAACCAGAGCAGGUCAUCCUAAAGGACCAGGGGAAGGAACAAGUAAAAAAUAGGGUUCGUUUAAUAGAGAAUAAGAUGAAAAAGUUAGAGAGGCAGGUGGACCCAGUGGAAAAACCAGACCAGGUCAUGAAGAAGGUAGAAAGGCAGAUGGCCCAGUUCAACCUGGUGGAGGAACCAGAGCAGGUCAUCCUAAAGGAACAGGUAAAAAAUAGGGUUCGUUUCAUAGAGAAUGAGAUGAAGGCAGAGAGGCAGGUGGACCCAGUGGAAAAACCAGACCAGGUCAUGAAGAAGGAAGAGAGGCAGGUGGACCCAGUGAAAAAACCAGACCAGGUCAUGAAGAAGACAGAGAGGCAGGUGGCCCUGCUGAACCUGGUGGAAGAACCAGAGCAGGUCAUCCUAAAGGAACAGGUAAAAAAUAGGGUUCGUUUCAUAGAGAAUGAGAUGAAGGCAGAGAGGCAGGUGGACCCAGUGGAAAAACCAGACCAGGUCAUGAAGAAGGCAGAGAGGCAGGUGGCCCUGCUGAACUUGGUGGAAGAACCAGAGCAGGUUAUCCUAAAGGAACAGGUAAAAAAUAGGGUUUGUUUCAUAGAGAAUGAGAUGAAGAAGGCAGAGAGGCAGGUGGACUCAGUGGAAAAACCAGACCAGGUCAUGAAAAAGGCAGAGAGGCAGGUGGACCCAGUGGAUAAACCAGACCAGGUCAUGAAGAAGGCAGAGAGGCAGGUGGCCCUGCUGAACUUGGUGGAAGAACCAGAGCAGGUCAUCCUAAAGGAACAGGUAAAAAAUAGGGUUCGUUUCAUAGAGAAUGAGAUGAAGAAGGCAGACAGGCAGGUGGAACCAGUGGAAAAACCAGACCAGGUCAUGAAGAAGGCAGAGAGGCAGGUGGACCCAGUGGAAAAAACAGACCAGGUCAUGAAGAAGGCAGAGAGGCAGGUGGCCCUGCUGAACCUGGUGGAAGAACCAGAGCAGGUCAUCCUAAAGGAACAGGUAAAAAAUAGGAUUCGUUUCAUAGAGAAUGAGAUGAGGGCAGAAAGGCAGGUGGACCCAGUGGAAAAACCAGACCAGGUCAUGAAGAAGGUAGAGAGGCAGGUGGACCCAGUGGAAAAACCAGACCAGGUCAUGAAGAAGACAGAGAGGCAGGUGGCCCUGCUGAACCUGGUGGAAGAACCAGAGCAGGUCAUCCUAAAGGAACAGGUAAAAAAUAGGGAUCGUUUCAUAGAGAAUGAGAUGAAGAAGGCAGAGAGGCAGGUGGACCCAGUGGAAAAACCAGACAAGGUCAUGAAGAAGGCAGAGAGGCAGGUGGACCCAGUGGAAAAAACAGACCAGGUCAUGAAGAAGGUAGAGAGGCAGUUGGACCCAGUGGAAAAACCAGACCAGGUCAUGAAGAAGGCAGAGAGGCAGGUGGACCCAGUGGAAAAACCAGACCAGGUCAUGAAGAAGGCAGAGAGGCAGGUGGACCCAGUGGAAAAAACAGACCAGGUCAUGAAGAAGGCAGAGAGGCAGGUGGCCCUGCUGAACCUGGUGGAAGAACCAGAGCAGGUCAUCCUAAAGGAACAGGUAAAAAAUAGGAUUCGUUUCAUAGAGAAUGAGAUGAGGGCAGAAAGGCAGGUGGACCCAGUGGAAAAACCAGACCAGGUCAUGAAGAAGGUAGAGAGGCAGGUGGACCCAGUGGAAAAACCAGACCAGGUCAUGAAGAAGACAGAGAGGCAGGUGGCCCUGCUGAACCUGGUGGAAGAACCAGAGCAGGUCAUCCUAAAGGAACAGGUAAAAAAUAGGGAUCGUUUCAUAGAGAAUGAGAUGAAGAAGGCAGAGAGGCAGGUGGACCCAGUGGAAAAACCAGACAAGGUCAUGAAGAAGGCAGAGAGGCAGGUGGCCCCGGUGGACACAGUGGAAAAACCAAAGCAGGUAGUAAAGAACCAGAUUGAUAUAAAGAAGCCAAAUUUAGAGGAGCAAAUGGUCCUCAAAAUCCUGGAGAAGAUGGAGAACAAAAGGCUGGAGAAGCAGGUGCUUCAGAUGGACCAGAUGACGAAGGUGGAAGAAGAGCAGCUGCAGGACGACGUUCUUGUUCCCCCCAUCGUUGAAGCCCAACCUGGAGAGUCUGGGAAAGAAAGUAGAAAGUAGAGAUGCAGGA